AUGAUGGAAUAUAUCACCCCACCGUGCACCGCUGCCCUCGUCUAUUAUGCGGAGUUCCUUCGCUCAUUCAUGGUGGUCUCGAUACAUGCCGUCGCUGAUACCCUAACCUUCAUCAGAAUGACUUGCCAUAAUAGAAAAGAUCCCAAUAUCGCAUCUAAUUCAGCAGAGCAAAGGAAAAGGCGUCGCGUCGAGAGGAGGUUUGUCAAACAG